GCUGGAAACAUUCCUCUCAGCAGUAGCUAGAGUUGUACAUAUUCCAACUAUUCGCGCACACUGUUAAAAAAGAAAAAAAAAUGUUAUAUAUACUUUGCGCGCAUGCGUUGGGCGCGCGCGGAUAGCGAGUCGAUUCGAAACGGCCGGAGAGAUUGUGUGGAAAUUCUAGCUGCAAAAGUUUCUUCUAUCCGGCGCUCUGCUGCUGCAGUGUGUAGUAGCCCUCGUGAAUGUGUGUGUGUGUAACAUAGACAAAUACACGGCCAUGUUGGCGCAGAUGCCUUGUCUCUCUGCUGCUGUAUAGUACGCGCGGGCGUGCAGCUAUAGCGGGCCGUUCACGCAGACGCAAAGCCCUCUCAUUGUUACCUCCUUUUUUCCCCUAUAUAUGUGAGAGGGGUUCGCAGCUCCCGACGAUUCUGCCCAUCUUCUUUCAUCGUUUGUUUCACCUCCUUGGACGCUUCAUUCGGACAAAGUUCUAGGACCUGUGAAGAGACGAGAGACCAGCCGGUGGUGUGUACUGUCGCUACUGCUGGCCACUCCAAUCAAAGUGAAUUGCAUUCGUGACUGUGUAUUUGCUGGUGCUGUUGUUUGGACUAGUCGAAAAAGAAGAUGCGAUUCCGCCAAAUGUGUCCGGACGGAUGAGCAGCCAAACAACACAGCAGCAGUCCACCGUCGUCUGAAUCGAAACUGUAAAAAGACGUGGUCGUCGUGUCCUACACAGUCUGCACUGUGUACUACACGCAGCAGGAGCAACCCAGUCUCAGCAGCAGCCGCCGAGGAGAAUAUCGCCCGCUGAGAUUUUCGUUGGCCUUCCGCCAUUUGAAGAGCUAGAAAAUAGCUUACCGAUUACGCCAUCGUUUCUUCUUCUCGUCGUCGUCGUCGCAAGUUAAUGAACGCACUUUGAACUGAUCCCAUUUCCUACACAUCCCACACACGUAGACACACACACACCGGGCGCCAUCUUCUUAUCGUUCUGCUCCCUCUUCAUGGCACAAAUCGAAAAGACCAUCAACAGCCGGAAUGAUCCUGUAGAUCCGUCUAUCCAUAAUUCCCGAAGAGCACGUCCGUUCCAUCACCUUUCCAGUGAUAGUUUGAGCGAAAUACGAGAGUCUCCAGUCUCAGCAAUGGCCAGCAGCAGCACAGAAGACUGGGCUGGAUCGGCUAUGGAGGACGAAGAGUUGCUGAUGGGGGAAUACGCGACCAGCUCGCCCGGAAUUGAAGUGGGUGAUCAGGUGGACGAGCCGAGCCGAGCGUCCAGCAGCAAUGAAGACAAUCACCGCAACAGUUGUACGAACGAUCAGAAGAAGCGCUCCAGUCAUCAAGCCGACCUCGUUUCCAGCCAGAGUACCAGCAGCGAAGGCGAAUUUUACGUGUGUCGUCACAAGAAAAUGAACAAAAUGAAGUUGCUGGUGAGGAGUCACGCCUUAAGAGAAGCAGCUUCCCCGCCUCCCGAUUCGCCUUCUUCUUCACCUCUAUUUAACGCAACAACCAAUAGCUCAUCAUCACAACCUGUUCCCGACGAACAGCAGCACAAUCAACAGCAACAACAACAACAGGCUUCUUUGGUCAUCACGGUCGUAGAGAGUCACGACGAAACCUCAUCACCGCAUCACCAAGAAGUGGCUCAAGUGACUAAUCGACUCCGUCCUCGAGUUCAGGUGGAGAGUUCUCAGUGCAGCGUAGAUAGUUCGAGUUCGUUCGUCUCGUUUUCUUUGUCGCGGGAUUCGAGCACGGAUUUAGCCAACGGCAGCGAAGCUUACUUGGCGGCCGGCUCGCAUUUGUACACAGACAACACGGGAGUUGACCUGCACCACUUCAUCAUCGAGACGUUGCACCGCAAUUACAAAGACCGGAUGACGUUGUUGCGCAUCGAACAGGACAUGAUCGCCCUAGUUAGAGAUACCAAACGUACCUGUCACCGCUUUCCGGCCAUGUCCUCCUAUCACCGAAUGCUCGUCCACCGAGUCGCCGCUUACUUUGGCAUGGAACACAAUGUCGACCAAUCCGGUAACUGCGUGGUGGUGAGUAAAUCACGUCAUACGCGGUUGCCGGAGGUCGCAUUCAAAGAGUAUGUUCGUGACGAUGUCGUCCUGCCGGAGGAGCCCAACAGGAAAUUGAAUCCCAAAAGAGAAACGGUCUCGUUCGAGGAACCCGACCGUCACAGCAGCAACGGCAGCAACAGCGGCGGCGGCGGCAACAAGUUCACCCGUUCAACGGAAAUCCGAAGUCGGAGCCUGGAAGAGCGUGACUGCGUGCUGGGCAUGGACAGCAAAGCAAAGAACCGUGCCUUCCAACCUCAAGUGACGCUGGUUCCAAAAGGAGUCUGCUGUCCAGCAGUUGAAGGAGCCACUACUACGGGAGCCAGGAGGAAGGAAAAUCUGUCCUCGGAAUCCACCGUCUCCGCUUACGCCACUCCGACGACUUCACGCACAAACAGCGAAGACAUCCAGACUCUUCGAUGGCCAAAACGGAUGACGCAAGGAACACUUCGCACUAACAUGCGCAUUCCCAAGGUGGAGUCGUUCGAUAGUCGCGACUUACUCGGCGGCUACGGCAACACUUUACGUCCGACCGUGGCCAAGUCGUACAGUUUUGGUGGGUACACGGCCACUUGCACAUCGCACGAGGCCAAUGCGGCUGUCAUGAGAGGAGGUGAUCAAGUCAACGGAGCCCCGGGUGUCUAUCAACAGCAACACAACGUCAUCAACACCCAACAUCAUGGCGGACAAAAUUAUGGCACACGAUUUUUAUCCAAACAAGUACGUUCAAGUGAGGAUUCAAAUUCAAGUUCGAUCAGUAUCUCUCGAUCCAGUCCUACCAGUUCCGGGUACAAAUCUCAACAUUCUGCCGCUCCAUCUCCUACUCCGGUGCCCAGCAACAGCCGGGCGGUGCCAUUACGGACGCCAGCCGCAACGUGCAACAGCAGCAGCAGCAGCAAUAUUGAAUCGCAAAAUGCUGGCGGCUAUAAUCAGGAAUGGAAUCGCGCUAAUGCAACAGUCGGCGGAGCUACGGCCACUACUCCCGAAAUCGUAACUCCGCCGACUAAUAAUGCAACUCUGCUUUGGGCAGUCACUAGUUUAGACGAUGUGCCAGCCGGUUCUAUUCUCAUCAAUCCGCAAACUGGUCAACCUUUCUACAAUUCGGACGGAUCGGCCUACAGAUACGAUCCCCAUUUACCUCUACCCUUUCAAGUUGAAACCAACGUCAAUUCCAACAGUGAUGCAAUGGGAGAAAUUGAACAGGCAGACAACUCGUACGAAUCUUACGACAGACCGGAAGUAGUAGUCAAAGCGGAAGACAACGAAGGAUCGUCAAUGUCGUCCGUUCCCGUGUAUCCGGCUUGGGCGCAACAGUGUUACGAAAGCCCAAUUUCACCCACUUUAGCAACUACUUACGUUAACCAACCGCAGGCUUAUUUCGGUCCGGAAUUUGCUUCAUUUCAUCCGGCAAACGGAGUCUCAGCGGCUUCAAAUUCUCAACCAAACGGCUACUUUGUUCAGGGCCCCACAGUCAAUUCUUCAGCUCCGUUCGACGAUCAAAUGAAAGGCAAUUGCGUUGCAGUUCCGGUUGCUCACGGCCAUGGAUACGUUCUCUAUCAAGCCUGUUUGGGUCCUUCCGGCGACAACGGAGCCUCCAUCGACGCCAAUGAUUUGUACUCUGCCAUGAAGAAUCUUAGUCUUAGGCCAAUCGGCGGAAUUCCGCCAAUGUCGUAUCCUUUAGCCGAAAAUCUGACUCAUCAGGUGGAAAUGGCUUCAACAAAUGGGCAAUUUCUCGCUACAGUUCCUAUCCGGCCGGCUAACAUACCCAACGGGAAAAUGCAAGCCCCUUGUAACAAUUUGCCACCACGUUCCGGUUCGACGCCGCCGACCGUUGUUACAAGUGCACCCACAGCGUCGCUGACGUCCAACGCUUAUCUGGCAUCCAUGCGAGCUCAAAGUAAUAGUCAAAUGAUGCAACAUCACCAGCAAAUGCAGCAGCCUUACAACGGGACUGCCAAUGUGGCUGUUACUCCUUACCCAUCCAUGGUUUAUCCGUUGGUGAAUACAACUGCGCACUCUCAAGGCAACCGACAACAUUACUUCCCUUCCAGCCUCGUUCAUCAUCAAUUUAACAACGCCGCGCAUCAGUAUGUUUCAUCUCCUUGGUCGUUGGUGACGACUACUGCUGGGACGAAUCGAGGCACCCCGGAGAGGGAAACUAAUAACACAGUCAGCCUGGAAAUGCCAUCCAAUCGAAUGGUGGCAGCUCCACACUCUCCUAAUCGUGUCUCCUGUUUGUACGGACCUUCACUUCCAUCGCCAUUUCUCACAGCAGGGGAAUGCGGAGCAAUUCGCCAGUCGUCAACCGUACUCCACCGCCAGUUUUCACUUCCGACUCCAGCGCCACCAGCAAUGUACACGUUGAGACCUCGCAUCCAACAACAACAACAGACGUCAUUUUCCGGCUCGUCUUUACCACGUCCUGCGACAUCUAUUCAGAAUCAGCAGCCUGGCGUGCUGGGCUUUAAUUCCUCGCGACAUGUCAGGACCAGACGUCAAGUUUUCCGGCCUCACGCUGCCCCUGCCGGUUUCACGACUGAUCCUUCCUCUGUGAUGCAGAGUCAUUCGUCCUCUCCUGUUCAGCAGUUUCCGUCUCCCACGAGCUAAAUUCUUUCAAAAACAAACAAACAAAACAAACACGAACUAUCUGAUAAUAACUAGCUAUAAAUUUAGGGAGACCUCUAUUGAAUUUAUACUCAAGUCAAAUUUCCCGCGCUAGGAGUUUCCUUGACAAAACAAAAUUUUUAGGCAAAUCAAGUGAUGACCAAUAAGUUUCAAACGCUACAAUUAUAUAAUGAUAGUUAUCUCGGAGAUCCUCUAUACCAUCGCGGCAUCGCGUUAACUUCUCAUUUUCUGUCAAACAAUCACCACUCUUUUCAAAUUAAGCGUUAAUUGGUUUUUAAAAGUUAACAAUUUUCAAAGGCCCUAUUGAAAUGGCAAUUAACAAAAAAGCAAUCGUUUGGGAGUGCUAGUAAAUUAUAAGUAAAAAUCAGUUUACUACUUAACAAAAUCUCUAACGAAAAAGUUGUUUUCUCAUCAUUUCCUGCGUAGCGUACGUGGUUAAAAAUCUCAACGCGGCAACCCUUGAAAUGUUUGUGUUCAUAAAGCCUGGGGGAGUGUCAAUUACAGCCAUCCACAAGUGAUUUUCUUAUUUCACAAGUUACGUCAUUUUACUUUCCUCUAAAUUGUGAAAAAUCUCUCUAACUUUACUCAACCGAAGAAAUCUAUUUAAAUGCAAGUAUGGAAAUUCUCUGACCCAACUAUCUGACACUGUCACUUCCAGUAAUGUAGUCUAGUGCUCACAAAAAUUUAGGAAAGCCAUUUAGAAUCUCUCUCUACACCGAAAUACUCGGUUCACAACCUCUGAAUUGCUCUGAACCGUUGUGGCGUUGUUGUGGCGAUCGAUAGUUAUUAUUUAUUACAGUGUUUCAUUCCCUGCUUGAAUACCACAAACCUAUACUAUACUUGACAUCAAUUCACACGUUUCUUUUCACAUUUUUAUCUUUCAUUUGCCACAUUAUUAUGAAGGUAUCGUGCUUUUCAACUCUUUGGAAGUGUUAUUUCUCUUUCAAUUAUCUCUAGCUAGUCUAUCUAAUCUGUUGGCUCCUCAGUCACUGAUAUUUUUGGACAAAUUCAUUGGAUAUUGUCAUGCAUAUGUUGUAUUUCCUUUUUAUUUGUUUAGAGUUUUCUCAUAACUAUCGUUAAAGGAACACUGUUAAGAGUACAUUAAAAAUCAACACCUGUAUCGUGAUUGGACCUAUAUAAAAAUGUGGGCACGCA